AUGAGGCUUCGUUCCUGGGCUGGAGCCCGCUGCCUCCUGCCCCUCUUGGUCCUUCUGACCGUCUCUCAGGUCCGAAGCGACCAGUCUCCCCCCAGAGAGAGACACUACUACAUCGCUGCUGUCGAGAUAGACUGGAGCUACUCUGGGAAUCAUGAAGCCAGCAGGUUUGGUCCCACCUAUAAGAAAGUCGUCUUUCGGGAGUAUGAGAAAGACUUCAAACAGGCUAAGACUCAUCCGCCCUGGUUAGGUCUGCUGGGACCCACGCUGAGGGCGGAGGUCGGCGACACCGUGGUGGUGACGUUCAGGAACAUGGCGAGCGGCGCGCACAGCAUCCACCCGCACGGCGUGGCUUACGGGAAGCAGUCCGAGGGCGCCCACUACUUCGACAACACGUCUCAGAAGGAGAAGGAGGACGACGUGGUUCCACCCGGCGGGCAGCACGUCUACUCCUGGGAGGUGCAGCAGGACGUGUCGCCUCAGGCCGGCGACCCCGCCUGCCUCACCUACUCCUACGUCUCCCACCAGCACGUGGUGGAGGACUUCAACUCCGGCCUCAUCGGCGCCUUGCUCGUCUGCAAAGCAGGAAGUCUGGACGAGUCCGGGAUGCAGGUCGGAGUCCAGCACGAGUUGGUCUUCCUCUUCGGCGUCUUCGACGAGGCGGCCAGCCGCUUCCGGCCCGGCGACUACUCGUCAGACGGCCACGUCAAAUACACCAUCAACGGCUACAGCAAGGGGGCGCUGCCGGGAGUCUCCGUCUGCGCCCAUUCGCCCGUCAGCCUGCACCUGCUGGGCAUGAGCUCGGAGCCCGAGGUGUUCUCCGUGCACGUGAACGGCCAGGUGCUGCAGCACAACGGCCACAAGGUGUCCUCGGUGGGCCUGGUGAGCGGCGCCGGCGCCACCGCCGCCAUGGUGGCCGUGCACGCCGGCCGCUGGCUGCUCUCCUCGCACGUCGCCAAGCACAUGGAGAGUGGCAUGCACGCCUUCGUGGACGUGGAGAAGUGCGACGACUUCCAGGCCCCCCGCCGCCGGCUGACCAUCGCGCAGAAGCGGGAGAGCAGGGAGUGGAAGUACUACAUCGCGGCCGAGGAGGUCACGUGGGACUACGCGCCCGACGUGCACGAGCACAUUGACGAAGAUUUCAAGCUGCAGUACCUGACCCGGUCCGCCACUCGCAUCGGCUCCAAGUACAAGAAGGCGGUCUACAGCCUGUACACCAACGAGUCCUUCAGCGAGCGGCUGGAGACCCGCAAGAGGAGGGACGAGCUGGGCAUCCUGGGCCCGGUCAUCAGAGCGCAGAUCAGAGACGUGGUCACGAUCGUGUUUAAGAACAUGGCGUCCAGGCCCUACAGCAUCUACCCACACGGUCUGACCAUAGAGAAGUCUGAGGAGGGAGUCAACUACCCAGACGGAGGAAACCACUCGCACGGCGUCCUGCCGGGUGAGACUCAUACCUACGUGUGGCGGGUGGUGGAGGAGGAUGAGCCGCUGCCCGGAGACUCCCGCUGUCUGACCCGGGUGUACCACAGCGCCGUGGACACGCCCCGGGACAUCGCGUCCGGCCUGAUCGGGCCCAUCCUCAUCUGCAAGAGCCAGUCCCUCAACGUCAGGAACGUGCAGCUGAAAGCAGACAAGGAGCAGCAUGCUAUGUUUGCCGUGUUCGACGAGAACAAGAGCUGGUACCUGGAAGACAACAUUCGCCAAUACUGCGAUCGAUCGAAAGUCCACCAGGCAGACUCGGACUUCUACAAAUCCAACGUCAUGCACACCAUUAACGGUUAUUCCUUUGAGACCGGCCCCCUUCUGGGCUUCUGCAACGGCGAGGUGGCCACCUGGCACGUGUCCAGCAUCGGCGCCCAGGACUACAUCCAGACCGCCACGUUCUACGGCCAUCCCUUCGAGCUGAACGAGCGUGUCGAGGACAUCCUCAGCCUGUAUCCCAUGACUGGAGAGACCAUCAGCAUGGACAUGGAGAACAUCGGAGUGUGGCUGCUGGCCUCCCUGAACUCCCACGAGACGACCAAAGGGAUGCGCGUCAAGUUUCAGGACGUGGAGUGCUACCGCGACUACGCCUACGAGUACGACUACACGGAAAAGUUGCCGACCAAGGAAUUUACCGUGUGGAGCCCUCCGAGCCUCGUUGACAUCAAAAAGGAAGAGGAGGAGAAAAAGGAGCAGCCUCCUCCAGUCAGCAGUAAUUCAGGGAGCGACAUGGACACUUUAAUGUACGCUGACCUGCUGGGUCUCAGGUCCCUGAAGAACCAGACCAACGUCACGGACGUGGACCAGCUCGACCUCUCCAUCCUGGACUACGACGUAGUCGAUGUGCUGGAUGGAGAAACAAACCACACAGAGAGAAUUAAUAGCACGUCUUUAAAUUCAGUCUUGGUGGAAGACUCAGAGGAAAAAUUCACAAGAGGAGAUGUUUUCUAUCUGUCCAAGGCCAGUCCGCACAAUACCUCCAACGACAAUGUGUCUUCCCCCGCUGCGUUGACGCACACAUCCCCCACGGGGGGCAAGACGGCAAAGAGCAGCUCUGAGGAGCUCGGCGGCUCAGAAAGCAGCGAAGAAGUGAUCAUUUACCUUCAAGAAAACAACACAGAGGUGAUUAAAACCACAUCGAUCAAAACCAAAGACCACAACUGGACCUAUGAUAUAACCCACCAAACCGUACCUGCGGAGAUUCCUGAGCACAUGAAGAAAUACUUGAAAGACCACGCCCCUAAACCGGCGCCGGCUCCCAAAAAGGUGAGGAAGGUCAACAUGCGACAGAGACCCCAUAAGGGCCAGGGCAUGAAGACCAAGAAGAGGAAGGAGUACAAGCCUCAGGCCAGGAGCGGGCUUCCGUUCUCUCCUCGAGGAUUCAACCCAGGAAUGAGCCCUCGUGGGUCUCGGCCGGCGGGACCUCAGCCGUUCUCCGAUGAGGAGGAGCUGGUCAACAUGCCGGUGGUCAUCGGCGUCCCGCGGCCCGAUUUCAGCGACUACGAGCUGUAUGUUCCCGGAGGCGAACCCGACCAUCUCGGCCUGGACGAACAAGACGUGAAGGCUAAUGAGUACGAGUAUGUGAUGUACAAAGACCCCUACAGCAGUCAUGAGGAUAUAAAGAAUCUCAACCUGGACGAGACCGCUAAGUACUACCUGAAAUUAUCAGGCCCCAAUGUCAAGACCUAUUUCAUUGCGGCCGAGGAGGUGGAAUGGGACUACGCCGGCUACGGGAACAAGAGGCCAGAAAAAACUCAACAACAAAAACGAGAAACCAAGUUCACCAAGGUGGUUUUCCGGGGCUACUUGGAUGCUAGCUUCAACACACCUGACAUCCGCGGGGAGAUCGACGAACACCUGGGCAUCCUGGGGCCUGUCAUCAAAGCAGAGGUUGGACAAAACAUAAUGGUGGUGUUCAAGAACAAGGCCAGCCGUCCAUACUCUUUGCACCCUAAUGGGGUUUCCUACACCAAGCAGACAGAAGGUCUGUCCUACGAGGACGGCUCCAAGUACUGGUAUAAAUACGACAACGAGGUCCAACCCAACACCACCUUUACGUACCUGUGGAAAGUUGGCGAAUCGGUCGGACCAAAGCCGGAAGAGUCCGACUGUCGCACCUGGGCUUAUUACUCAGGCGUGAAUCCUGAAAGAGACAUCCACUCUGGUCUGAUUGGCCCCCUGCUAGUGUGUAAAAAAGGCACCAUGGAAAAGAAGUCCCUGAACACGAGGGAGUUCAUGCUGCUUUUCAUGACCUUUGAUGAGUCUCAGAGCUGGUACUACAUGGAGAACCGGGAGAUAUUGCACAGGAAAAGCCGAAGGAGGAUGAUGGAACCAAUCCACAGGGAGGACUUGAAGUUUUACACGAUAAAUGGCAUCAUACACAGCUUGAAGGGCCUGAGGAUGUACGCCAAGCAGCUAGCGUACUGGCACCUGAUCAACAUGGGACCCCCCAAAGACGUUCACACGGUCCACUUCCACGGCCAGACGUUCAUCCACAAGAAGACCAGCAGCCACAGACAGGCUGUGUUCCCUCUGCUGCCCGGAAGCUUUGCUACUCUGGAGAUGUAUCCAUCCAGACCGGGCCUGUGGCAGCUGGAGACCGAGGUCGGCCUCAACCAGCAGAGGGGCAUGCAGACCCUCUUCCUGGUUCUAGAUGAUGAGUGUUAUCGUCCUCUGGGUCUGGAAUUAAGCAGCGUGCAGGACAACCAGAUCACAGCAAUCAAUACAAGAGGAUACUGGGAGCCUCAUCUUGCCAGACUGAACAAGCAGGGUAAAUACAACGCCUGGAGCACCGAACAGAACAACAGCUGGAUUCAGGUGGAUUUCCAGCGGCCCGUUGUGAUCAGCCAGGUGGCCACGCAGGGAGCCAAGCAGAUGUUUCACUCCCAGUACGUGACCAAGUACUCCAUCUCGUACAGCAACGACCGCCGCAAGUGGAUCUUCUACAAGGGGGACAGCCGGGACUUCAGGAAGAUCUUCGACGGAAACCAGGAAGCAUACGGCACAAAGAAAAACACCUUCUUUCCUCCAGUGGUUGGACGGUUCGUGAGGCUCCACCCCCUCACCUGGUACAACACGGCCACAGUCCGCAUGGAGUUCUACGGCUGCGAACUGGACGGCUGCUCUGUACCUUUGGGGAUGGAAACGAGGCUGAUAGAAGACCAUAUGAUCAAGGCCAGCUCCAUGGCCACCAGCUGGUACUCCGGACCAUGGAAGCCCUCGCUCGCUCGUCUCAACUUACAAGGCACCAUCAACGCAUGGCGCGCUAAGUAUAACGACAUGAACCAGUGGCUCCAGGUGGAGCUGCCGCAGGUCAAGAAGAUCACAGGAAUCAUAACGCAGGGAGCCAAAUCUCUGGGCAGCGAGAUGUACGUCAUGUCCUACAUCCUGCAGUACAGCGACAACGGAGUACACUGGACCGACUACACCGACGACCAGGAGAGCCAGCCCUACAGGGUCUUCAAGGGAAACAUGGACAACAACGAUCACGUGAGGAACUACAUCUACCCUCCCAUUUUCUCACGCUUCAUCCGGAUCGUCCCCAAGAGCUGGAUCGGAUCGAUCACCAUGAGAAUCGAGCUGCUCGGGUGUGACUUCGAGUGAUCUGAAGAGAACUAAGCAGGCUUUAAUGUUAAUACACACACAGAGGAAUCUGUAGGGAGUCGGUUCAGGUCUAAGCACAUCCACCUUCACACAUACAGCCACAUACAGACC